AUGUCUUAUCAACAAUACCCCCCUCCAAACCAGCCUCCAUACGGCGCAUACCCUCCUCAGCAGGGUCAUCCUCCCCAGGGCUAUCCCCAGCAACCUCCCUACCCUCAACAACCCUACGGUGCUCCUCCCGGUGCUCCUCCUCCACACCAACAAGGCCACUAUCCUCCUCAGCAAGGCUACGGUCAGCCUCCCCCCCACAGCCUCCGCAUGGACAGGGUCACUACGGUGCUCCCUCCCCUCAACCCCCAGCAGGCUAUCACGCUCCAUCACCGCAGCCACCGUACGGACAAGCUCCCCCCACCUGGUCAACAACCCUACGGCCAGCCACAACACGGCUAUGCCCCUCCCCCCGGGCCCCCCAGAGGUCCCGGCUAUGGCGCCCCUCCUCCAGGCGCAUUCGGUGCUCCCCAUGGUGCUCCCCAGGGUGCUCCCCAUGGUGCACCUCAUGGCGCACCCUACGGUGCCCCAAUGGGACCCCCAGCCAUGCCAUCACUAGGCUAUACGCCCGGUCAAACAGCACCAGGAGACUUCCGCCAACAAUGUGACAUCCUCCGCAAAGCAAUGAAAGGCUUCGGUACCGACGAGAAAGCCCUGAUCUCCGUCCUGGCCCCGCUAGACCCGCUCCAAAUGGCCGCCGUGCGCGCCACAUACACCACCCACAUCGGCCGCGACCUGUACAAGGACGUCAAGUCCGAGACGGGCGGAUAUCUCGAGCAAGGCCUCCUAGCUGUGAUCGAAGGACCGCUCGCGCACGACGUAGUCUGCGCCCACGAAGCAAUCGACGGAAUGGGCACCAAGGAAUGGAUGCUAAACGAUAUCGUCCUGGGUCGAUCGAACGCCGAUCUCAACGCCAUCAAGACAGGCUACGAGCGCAAGUACCGUCGCAAACUGAGCGACGACGUCGCCGGCGAUCUCUCCUUCAAAACGGCCGACCUUUUCAAGGCUGUUAUCCGCGCCGAUCGUCGCGAGGAGUCCGUCCCCAUCAACCCGCAAGCUGUCGAGGAUGAAGUGCGCACGCUGCACGGAUCUACCGCCGGCCGGAUGGUUAAUAACAUCGCCGAAGUUUCGGGGAUUCUGGCCCGCUCGUCGGACGCGGAGCUCAGGGCUAUUGAUCAGGGAUUCCAUCGCCGGUAUAAUGUUUCGCUGGAGAAACAUCUCGAGAAGGAGUUUUCGGGUCAUAUGGAGGAUGCUUUCUUGCAUAUGCUUCGUACGGCGACGGAUCCUGCUAUGCGGGAUGCUAUUCUGCUUGAGGAGUGCAUGGCGGGCAUGGGGACUAAGGAUGAAAAACUUGUUGUUCGUCUGGUUCGGGUUCAUUGGAACAGGAAUCAUAAGGAACGUGUCAAGGCUGCCUAUCGCCAUCGCUUUGGUAAAAACCUGAUUGACCGUGUACGUGGGGAGACAUCCGGUGAUUACGGGCGCUUGAUGGUUGCUCUUUUGGAGUAA